AGAACUCCAACAUUUCGAGGAUGUGACAAAUCGCGUUUUGGGAAGUGAACGUGUAAUUUUUGUAUGAAUUUUUGGAAGGAAGGGCACCAUAAACGACCAAUCAAACGCCAAUUAAGAGUAAAAUCUGAAAAAUCAACAACUCAGUCAGCAGUCCAGAGAAUAAUGGAUCUUCUGAUAAUUGCAUUAACUAUAUUGACAUUGUUCAGUGAUGUGUUUUCGACGUGUCAGUGGCCAAGUAUGAAAGAUGCUGCAACAAGUUCUGCCAUCAAAAGACUGCAACCUCUCAUGAACAAAACGUUUACAACUCGAGACAGUGGGAAGUAUUCUUAUAAAAUAGGAAUAUGUGUGCCAGCACUGCCAGCACUGCCAGGAAUGCCAAAGGCAGGCGUCAUCCAGACGAAACUCGCCAGUCCUGACACUGACAAGAAAGUUGUCGGAUUGAUAUCGAAUGCUAAAGUAAUGGCGGGAACUAAUUGGAUUCUCUUGGAAUACAUGGGAGGAGAAAAGUAUAAAGACCAUUGUAAUCAAGAACCAAGGAGGGCAUCAAUAAUGAUCACCUGUGAUCCUAAACAAACUUCGGUUGAUGCACGAGUGGUUGAAGAGAAUACCAACAAGAAGGACGAAUGUUACUACCUGUUUGAGAUAGAUCAUCCAGCUAUAUGUCAAAAUCAAUCCUUUGUUCUACCUGGUGGUCUUAGUAUUGGCUCUAUUGUUGUUAUUAUAUUUAUUGUCGUGUUAGGUUUAUAUUUCCUUGUUGGUUUCCUGUACCAGCGAUUUGUCGCCGGAGCCAAGGGCUGGGAACAGAUGCCUCAUCUCAGGUUCUGGCAGGACUUUGGAAAUUUACAGGCAGAUGGUUGUGAGUUGAUCUGUCGCAGUGGUUCGGCGUCGAGGACAGCCCCGAGGAUGUACAAGGGCAUUGGUGACGAUCAGCUGGCGGACGACGAUGACGACAAGGACGAUCACUUACUACCGAUGUAAACGAGCACCAUGAUCAUAUUUUAUAAAUUAACACAUUGUAUUAUAAAGUAACAUUCAUGGGAAGCGUGAAAGAGUGUGUGGUUUUUUGAUAGUCAUAACUCUGCUGUGGCAGUAUGAAUUUAUCCUUAAGGGGAAGAUAGGCAGGAGGGAUGGGGCCAAAUUAUUAAUCUCCAGGCCAACACCGGAGACUCUUAUGCACUGUGGGAACUGUAAACGGUUAAAGGUUUUUGUGACCGGCAGACAUUUUGGUGCAGAUUUUACUGAGACGUAUGAGGAAUGUUGCCAAUAAGUUCUCCUUCUUGCAUUGUUUUAGCAGGGGAGUACCCCAAGGCACUCGCGCAGUGGGCAUAGAAGGUAUGCAUACACAUUUGUGGGUUAAACAGGUUACUAUUUUCCAGAGCCAAAGAAAAAUACAGUAUACUUGAACGGUAUAGGACUUUAAAGGUUGCGCCGUUUGUAAUUACUGGUUGUCCAGGAAAAUAGAAAUGCAGUAAUACACAAUGCCAUAGUGCAGUUAUUAUGCAUACGAAUUUGUUGAAAUUUUGUAUUUAUGGAAUUUGAAUAUCUGUCUACACAAUGGCAAGGUUGAAUUUUAUAUCUAGAACGUAUUAACGCAAUUGGAAAUUUCAAUGACAAAUUUCAAAUCUUGAACGAGCGGCGUAGGCCUUCAUUUUUGCGUAAUCAGUAAGACUAAGAGUGCUACAAUCCAAGGCUACAAUCUUUAUUAUUCCAGAUAGCAUGAAUUAAUAAAGCCACCUUUUGACAGAGUUUGGUACCUAGGGCUAGUUAUGGUACUGUAGUAUUCAUUGGUUCCACAUUCUUAGUCUUUUAUCAAUUGCAGAUAGCCGAUGCCGCCAUUUUAGAUGGUAACAUGUGGUCGUUGAGAGCAAAACAUUUGCGUCUCGUAGCCUAGUACCAUUAGUUCCUGCAUGGUGGCGUAUUUGCAACACAGGAGCCUAAUUCCAACUAGCUAUUUUUUUAUCUUCGACAGAAUUUUGUCAUGGCACAAUCUUUUCUUGUAACGAACUGAUGGUUCUUGGAUGUUGAAUUCGGUGGGACAAAAAUUGCUAACUGUAAAUAUUUCAUACAGAUAAAUGUACGUGGAGAUUGUUUGGAACUAAAAACAGCAGUAAAUAUAUGUUAACAUACAGUGUACCGGUACCCGUUUAAUCCAGGAGAGUCAAUGCUACGGGUUUUGAGUAAUUUUGCAUUUGGGUAGUUUUCAGAUAGGUUUCUGUUUCAGAGUUUUCGUAGCUCUAGCAAUAGUACAGGGUGUUUAUAAAAAUAAUUUGGUUGCGUGGUUGAAUAAAGUUUCAUCUCAAAUGAGAUCGGCCUACUUAAACAAUAACAAAAUCUCUUAUCCUUUGUUCACAAAUAUAUUCAUUUACAUGUAGUUAAGAAUAAUUGGCCUAUAUCAUUUAAACAAAACAUGUUCUACUUUGCAACUGUGCCAUGUUUUUAUAGACACCCAGUAGUUGUAAUGAAUCCGAUUUGUCUCAAUCAAGUUGCCUUGCAGUUAGAUUUUGCUCAGGAGUGAACCGUAGAAAAUGUAGACUUAGUUUCUGACCUCUUUUGAUCACGUUGGCCAAGGAAGAACACUCCCCAAUCUUUAAAGGAAGGUUAUAGGCAGUAGCCAGGAAGAUCAGAUUUAAAGUUACUAGAAGUCACAGAUAGGGGUCUCUCCCAUCUUGGAGUACAUUGAAACUAUUAAUACUUGUACAAAAAAAUGCAGUUGAACUACCCUUAGUGAACACCUCUGUACAUGUGUGUUAUGGGGCAGAGGUAGUGCAGUAGAAGAGAGUCUGCCUCAUGAUCAAGAGGUCGUGGGUUGGACUCCCGGCCAAGUCACUGCUCGGUUCCCCUACUGGUCGAGUUCAAAAAGAGUAGAGUUCAAAAGCCAGCAUGUAUGCAAAGCAGCAUGACGUCUGGAUAAAAGCUGUCAUUAUCAUAUAAAGUGAUACAUAUUAUUAUUAUAAAAUCAUUAUUGGUAAGGAACUUUUGUUAAGGAUUGAACAUAGGCACCAUCAUUUUGGCUAAAACUUGACAAGCAAUUAGAACUCCUUCAAAAUGAGUUUUAGAGCAAAUUGUGGUGCCUACGGUCAACGCUAAAAUCAUCGCACGUAUGAGGAUUUUCACAAACUUUCCAUCGAAUGUGGUGACACCCUGUACAUAAGAAAUCAUAACGUUGGAAUAUUUGUUUGCAUAGACUGAGAACAAGCCUAUCAUCAUUCCAUUUCUCUUUAAGUACUUUGUUGGGUUUUCCUAAGAAAAUAAACUAAACUU